AUGAACGUCGGUUGGAAUAUAUCGGAUUAUAAAUGCCUUGGCCUUGUAUGCCAAAGCUUAUGCACAAAUGUUCCAUUAAAGAAUGUCCGAAUAAAAUGUAGUAUAGUAAAUGUACUUGCUGACGUCACGGCUGAGUUCGUGUACGAAAAUUCAUUACAGGAGGCUCUAGAGGCAUCAUUUAUUUUUCCACUGAAUAAUGUGGCGGUUUAUCAUUUCGAAGCACAAAUCGGUGAAACCAGGAUAAUAUCUGUCUGUCGUCCACGUUCAGAGGCCAAAGAAAUAUAUGAUAGUUCUGUUGAAGAAGGGCACACAGCAAUCCUGGCUGAGCAAGAUGAACAUUGUGCUGAUUUAUUUAAAAUGAAUAUCGGGAAUAUACCACCAAAUGGAAAGGUUGUUAUAAUUCUACGAUAUGUUGGACUGAUAGAAGGAAAAAACGUGAAGACAGAUUCAUCUAAGUUCAACCACUCUGAAAUUAUCCUAACUUUACCAAGCGUUAUCAACCCACGUUACUACCCAAAAGAAAAAAAACAUUCCGAUGAGUUUGAGCCAUUCGAAGAACUUGUUCUUGUGAAUUCUGUACCAUACACAAUAACAUUUGAGUCUGAACUUUGGUUACCAUCGAAAAUCCUGGAUAUCAAAUCAGUACGCGAUACUUUUACCUGGGACUGUGCAAGCGAUUCUAAUCAUGCUCUUGUCAAACUUUCAUCCGAGUUUAUACCAGAUCAUGAUCUUCAAAUGGUCAUAAGUCUUUCUGAUCCACUUACAUCUCUGGCAUCUCUGGAAUAUGGUGACUUAAAUCAAACAUCUGUGUUGGCUAUGAAUUGUUUGAUGGUCCAGCUUUUGCCUGAUAUUCCUAAUGUUGUUAUUUCUAAAGGCAUGCGAAAUGAGUUCGUGUUUUUGAUUGAUCGUUCAGGUAGUAUGGAAGGUGAUAAUAUUACUUACGCUAAGACCUCCCUUCUUCUAUUUCUAAAGAGUUUGCCCGUGAAUUGUCGUUUUCAAAUUAUUGGCUUCGGGAGUGGUUUUGCUGCUUUAUUUUCAGAACCUCGAGACUAUAACGAAGAAUCAUUAAAUAUAGCAAUGAACUAUCAAAAAGACCUAGUUGCUGAUAUGGGCGGUACAGAAGCUUACAAUGCUUUAAAGUCAGCUCUACAUUCAACACCAAGCGGAGAAGGUUGGUUCAAACAAAUCAUAUUUCUUACUGAUGGUGAUGUUGGUAAUGCAGACGAAGUUAUUGGAUUGGUAAGAAUGAAUGUUGACAAAGCAAGAGUUUUUACCAUUGGACUUGGACAAGGCGUAAGCACUGCAUUAGUUGGUGGUGUUGCUCGAGCCGGUAAUGGUACAGCAGAAUUUGUUCGUGAUCCCUGUCAGUUACAAUCAGCUGUGAUGAGAACUCUUUCAGCUGCAUUACAACCAAGAGCGGAUAAUAUCAAAAUGGACUGGAAAUUAGUCGAGAAACUUCAUGAUGGCAAGGAGAAACCAGUAGAAGUGAUAGUUGUUCCCAAGCGAAUAGCCCCAAUAUUUCCUGAGCAGUUCUCGACAUAUUUUGGCUUUUUCAAAUCUGAUAAAUCUUCAACUAUUCAAGGACAUAUAGAUUUCAAUUAUAAAAUAUUAGAUGAAAAUAAAUCAUUUUCAAUAAAUUUAUCAAAUGUAAUAUCGUCGAACGAUAAAUUGAAUUUAUCUGAACAUUUACCAAUUCAUCGAUUAGCUGGAAAUACACAAAUCAAUGAACUUGUCGAUGAUUAUCAUAGUUUACAAUUGAAUGAAACAAAUGAAACAAAUCAAACCGAAUUAAAAUCUAUACGUCAACAAGUUGAAAAUUUAUCAUGUCAAUUGAAUAUAUUGUCAAAAUUCACUGCUUUAAUUGCUGUAGAUCCAACCAAAUUAGAUAUUGAUCCAAAGGAGAGAAUUAGCGUCACUGUACCUCGUAUGCAUCGUGAUUGCGCUCCACUUGGAAUGGCGAUGCCUGCAGCAAAUAUUCUUUAUGAUUGUUGUGAUAGUGGCAUGACCUAUUCCGCUUCACCGAUGUGCUGUUUUAAUGGUUCAUUGGGCUUUGAAACAGAUCUCUGUGAUCAAGAUGAUAGUGAAGUACUUCAACCAGUUAAAAUUAUGGAAAAGCAUAUAAAACUUGCUGAAUUGCAGAAUUUUUCAGGAUACUGGGAUUUAAAUUCUGCUUUAUGUGAAUGUUUUGAAAUACCGCUUGAAGAUUUGACAGUGUUUUUAAAACAAACAGAAAAAUCCUCAUUUCUAUCGAAUGUUACUUGGGGAACUGCUCUAGUAAUCGCAUUUUUGGAGUUAUCUAUGCUUGAAAAGAAGAAUGAAUGGUAUCUGAUGGUUGAUAAGGCAAGAAAUUGGCUUAAUACUCAAGCUCAAACAUAUCAAACAGCCUCGAAAAGUUCGAAUGAAUUCUGUGAUGAACUUAUUGCAAAAGCUCAUCAGGUGUUGACCAAAUUAUUGAAACCAACUACAUCCAAUUAA